CAUUCUCUCUAUUAGGAAAGUUAGAAAGAAAGAAAGAGAGAAUGGGUGUAGUUUACAUGCAUGUUUUGUGCAUAACCUUUCUCCUCUCCUUCAUCUUUUCUUGUUCUGCGUUCACUUCCCGAGACUACUCGGUUGCCCUCGAGAAGUCCAUCAUCUUCUACGAGGGCCAGAGGUCGGGGAAAUUGCCGGCCAAUCAACGUCUCGCUUGGAGGGGAAACUCUGGCCUGUCUGAUGGCUCAACUUCCCAUGUUGACCUGGUUGGAGGAUACUAUGAUGCUGGGGACAACGUUAAGUUUGGGCUGCCAAUGGCUUUCACAACCACGCUCUUAUCAUGGAGUGUUAUUGAGUUUGGAGAUUCAAUGCACAAUCAGCUCAACAACGCCAAAGCCGCUAUCCGAUGGGGCACAGAUUAUCUGUUGAAAGCAGCAACGGCCACCCCUAACACUCUAUAUGUCCAAGUUGGGGAGCCGAACCAGGAUCAUAGGUGCUGGGAGAGACCAGAAGACAUGGACACACCGCGAAAUGUGUACAAAGUUUCGCCGCAAAAUCCAGGGUCCGAUGUUGCAGCUGAGACGGCUGCGGCUUUGGCCGCCGCUUCCAUCGUCUUCAAAGAUUCUGACCCCUCUUAUUCCACUCAAUUACUCCGCACUGCAAUGAAUGUGUUCAACUUUGCUGACAAAUAUAGGGGUUCUUACAGCGACUCGCUUAGUUCUGUGGUCUGUCCAUUCUACUGCUCAUACUCAGGAUACCAUGAUGAGCUUUUGUGGGGAGCAUCUUGGCUGUAUAGAGCUUCAGGGAUUACCUCGUAUCUGGAUUACAUUCAAUCAAAUGGCCAAACGUUGGGCGCAACAGACGAUGAUUAUUCCUUUAGCUGGGACGACAAGCGUCCUGCAACCAAGAUUCUCCUGUCCAAGGGCUUCCUGGACAAGAAUAUCCAAGAAUUUCAGCUGUAUAAGUCGCACUCAGACAACUACAUUUGCUCUCUCAUUCCUGGAUCGCCUAGUUUACAAGCCCAAUAUACCCCAGGGGGACUUUUGUACAAAGAAAGCGAAAGCAAUCUCCAAUACGUUACAUCCUCGUCUUUCCUCCUACUAACCUACGCAAAAUACCUAAACUCGCACGGCGGAGCAGUGUCGUGCGGGUCGUCGUCUUUCACGGCGGACAAACUCAUCGCGGUGGCGAAGAAACAAGUGGACUACAUCCUCGGCGACAACCCGGCAAGAAUGUCGUACAUGGUCGGGUUUGGGCAGAAGUAUCCGCAACACAUUCACCACCGGGGCUCUUCUGUGCCGGCGGUGAAGCAGCAUCCCGGCCGCAUCGGCUGCAGCGAUGGUUUCCAGUACUUCUACUCCGGCUCGCCCAAUCCUAACGUUCUCGUCGGAGCCAUCGUCGGCGGCCCUGAUAAUCGGGAUAACUUCGCCGAUGACCGGAAUAACUAUCAGCAAUCGGAGCCGGCAACCUACAUCAAUGCUCCCCUUGUUGGAGCUCUGGCUUUCUUUUCCGCGAGAUCUUAAUUGAACAAUGUGCUCUUCUUCUUUUCUCUUAGAUCUUUAGUUUAUCCAUAAUGGAUUGGUAUGAUCAUCCUCUAAGAAGGAUUGCAUCUGUAUGGAAUUCUAAGCAAUUCAAAAUUCCUCAGAAGAUCGAAAAGUUUAGCAUUUUGCAACAUGCA